AUGUCGAAUUCGUUCCCAUCUUUGGCGCAUACUCCUCGAGCAUUCCCACUACCGACCAUCUCAGAAGACACGCUUCAUUAUGUUCUUCAUCUCCCACCGAGCUACGAACUCACCUCGACCGCUUUACUGCUCACUCAAUAUGUGGAGUCACUGUUGAUACAGCGGUGGUUAUGGAACAAGGAUACGUGGGAAUUGAAGGUCGCUGAAAAUGGGGAUAAGUUGGAAGGUACGAUGCGAGUGGGCGAUGCAGUUGACGAUGAGUGGUUGGUAGUUUGGUUAUUAAAGAUGAUCAGUGAGAAAUGGCGAGAUAUCAUCAUUGGCGUGCGAGAUACAGAUGGUGAAUUCCUGUUGAUCGAAGCUGCCAACGAACUUCCAUCUUGGGUCUCACCUGAAAAUGCUGAAAAUAGGCUUUGGCUGCAAGGUGGACAUCUACAUUUGAUACCAUUAUCUAUACGUUCAACUUCAUUAAACUCGAAACCGAGACAGAUACCGGACGAUGAAGACAUGGAGAAACAGUUUGAUCCCGAGUCCUACAUAUCUGAAGAAGACGCUAUCAGAGCUAUUCGGACUGGUAAAUAUAGAGUGGAAGAGAAGAUGGAACAAGCAGUCUGGGAUAGGAUAUCAUGUUAUCCAGGUGCUCUCAAGACUCACCAGCAUAGAACCAAGGCAUAUCUGCCACUACCAAUAGCGAAGGCUUUGAAGAAGAAUCCGGAAUUGAUACAAAAAGCUGUCGAAGGGUUUUAUGUUCGAGAUCCAUCUCAAUUACGUGCUGCAGCACGUAUGACCCAUUUCCCACCUUCCACCUCCAUUCUUACACCUAUCACAAUGACCCGGGCUGCAUACGCCCAGCUACAAGGCCAGGUUUUCCACCCACCGAGGAUAUUCGGUCCGGAAUGGCAUGUACCUGAUAAUCCGAAUAACGAAGGCGAAAAACGAUGGAGGGAUUUAGGUGUAAAGAUAGCGACGGGAUUUGAGAUCAUGUAUAAGGAGGGUGGCAACAAACAUCGAAGUGGACCCAACAACCAGAUUGAGGACGGCUCUUUGGCUAGUGACGAAGGGUAUAAGGUCUUUUUGGAUCACUUGAGGAAAGCGGGAUGGUUCGGUGAUGAGUUGGAAGAUAGCGAGAAAUGGAAAAUGAGAGAAAAAGAAGCUAAAAAAGGAUAUCAGAGUAUCAAAUCUUCAGAUACUGCUUCCCAAAGACCUUCAUUCGCUUAUCUAGUUGACUCGGCAAUUUCGUCUGCCUCAGAUCUCGAUCCCGGAGCACUGAAAGCUGACCCGUCAUAUCAGGAAGAUAGUGAAUCAUGGUUAGAAGUUUCACCUGAUGAAUUGGACGGGAUGAUGAUGCGUGCAUCUGGGCGUACAGCUAUACCUGAUGGGAGUACAGAUGGAAAGGCAGAAUUGGGAGAGGAACAUGGUCAAGCAUUACAGGAUUUGGCUAAGAAGGUGGAAGAUUUCGUUGGUGGACAGGGUGAUGUGACUGGUGCAAGAUUCGAAGAUGAAUUAUCGGAUGAAGAUAUGGAUGACUCCGAUGAUGAUGACUCGGAAGAAGAGAGAAAGACGUUAGAAGCUCAGAAGGAGAAUCGACUGAAGAAUCUCGUCGCACCUCUUCCAGAUGAAGAAUGGGGUAAUAAGACCCAAAUUCGACAAGAAGGUCCUUCUAUGGCGAAAAAUGAUAUAAAUCCGAAAAUUGAAUUGAGGCCGUCGAAAGAUAAAGUCAAGAAAGAAGUCAAAUUCGAUCAUAAAGAUAUUUUCUCCGCUUCAUCAUCUUCAUCAAUCAGACCACCAAGAUUCGCCAAGCAGGAAUACGACGGAGUAGUAUCAGAAUCUUCGGAUGAAGAUGACGAUGAGGAUGAGCUACCUCCCGCAGGGACAAUAGGAAGGAAGAUCGCUCAGAUGAAAUGGUCUGAAGGUGAUCAUCGAGCUCCUAAAAGCGCUACGAUCGAGGAGAUCACUGAAGAAGAUGAAGAGAAGGAGAGGCAGAGUCAGCUGAAGCUGGAUGGCGAUAUAGACUUAGAUGAGGAGAUGCAAAGGCGUGUAUGGGGUGAUCCCGACGAUGGGGAAGAUGACGAUGAUGACGACGAAGCGGACGAUGGGAUGGAGGUAGACGUAGAUAUGGCUGAAGAACAGGAAGAAUUUCUCAAAUUCGCUAAAGAAGCUUUGGGGAUAAACGACGAUUUGUGGAAAGGUAUAAUAGGGGAUAGAGAAGCACGAGGAGCAUUCGUUCCUCAGAACGAAUCUGGAUCUGGAUCUGGAUCGACUUCCAAAUUCAAAUCAUCCGAUUUAUCCCAACCAACUUCGAAAGGUAUCACCAAGUCAAAAGUCGGUAAUAGGAAGAAAGUGCAGUUCGAUUCCAAUUCCGAUGAUUCACCACAGUCCACCACUCAACAAGGUAAUUCAUCCUUGAGCUCAUUCGACGAAGUUAUGAAAGCCAUGGACGAGGAAUUAUCAAAGAACAAACCUUCUGCAUCUGCCAAUAAACCCAAACCUAGAUCAAAACCAAAACCAAAACCAAAAUCAAAAGCCACUACGAACGAACCGAAGAACCCAUCUUCAUCAAAUCCUUUACCUCCUCUUCCUACCGAGGAAGAUCUUGAGAAUAUGGAAGAGGAUGACUUACUAGCUAUGGAUAGAGAACUAAAAGCAGCUUUGAAAAACGCUGGUAUAUCCGAUGACGAGGAUGAGGAUGAUGAAGAAAUGAGAGAAGGCUUAGGUCAAUUGGGAGAAGAUGAUAAGAGGGAGUAUGAAAUGAUGAAGCAUUUCUUGGAAAGUUACAGAUCACAAUCUGGUGGUAGUGGAGUAGUAGGUAAUUUGUUUGGUAGAUUGGGUAAUGACAAGAAGCAAUGA